UUCUUCCAUUUUUCCAUUUUCCUGUCAACCUAAUUAAAUUAAUUUUUAACUUGUAAUUUAUUUUGCAGAUAGCACCAAGGAAAAGUGCACAGAUACCAGUGUACCACCAAGGAAAAGUGCAGCUUCAUUUCAUACAGGUUUGUCAAUUGAGUUAACAAUGUCUGCCUCUGGUUCUGGAAGAGGGAGGAAGAGGAAAAAUGUUGCGGGUAACCGAACGGAUCCUGGUUGGGAACAUGGAAUUGAAAUAGAUGCUGCAACCAAAAAGGUACAAUGCAAGUAUUGUAAUGUGACUCGAUCGGGAGGUAUAUAUAGAUUAAAACAUCAUUUAGCUUGUACUCAUCAAAAUGUUGAGCCAUGUCCUCAAGUCCCAGAAGAUGUUAGAGGAAAGUUCAUGAGUCUUUUAAGAACUCAAACAUUAGAGUCUCAAAAUAAAAAGAGAAAGAUGUUUGAUGUUGGUGAUGAUUCUGAAGAGGAGGUGGAACUAUUAGCAUAUCAUCAUCAAAACAAACAAAAACGGGUGGGUGCCAUAGAUAAAUUUGUGAUGAAGAAAUCUGGACGUCAAAAUCAAAAAACUCUCAAUCAAAUGUUUAAGAAAGAAGAGAGAGAUGAUGUUUGUCAAACCAUAGCUCGUUUUUUUUACACUAGUGCAAUUCCUUUUAAUUGUGUGAACAACCCUAUAUUUCCACUCAUGGUUAAGAAGAUUGGGGAUUAUGGAAAAGGACUUGUGCCACCAUCUUACCAUGAAAUUAGGGUGACAUUUUUAAAAAAAGAAGUGCAUGAGACACUACAAUUGGUUGAUGAGUUUAAGGAACAAUGGAAGAAGACCGGAUGUACAAUUAUGUCGGAUGGAUGGUCAGAUAGAAAGAGAAGAUCCAUAUGUAAUUUUCUUGUGAAUAGCCCUAAUGGAACUAUUUUCUUGUCAUCACUAGAUACAUCCGACAUUUCAAAAACGGGUGAAAAGGUUUUUGAGAUGUUAGAUGAGGUUGUUGAGAAGGUUGGAGAAGAAAAUGUUGUACAAGUUGUAACUGACAAUGCUUCUAAUUAUAAAUUGGCGGGACACAUGUUAAUGGAUAAAAGAAAGGGCUUGUUUUGGACUCCUUGUGCCGCCCAUUGUAUAGAUUUGAUGUUAGAAGAUUUUGAGAAGGAAAUACAAGUUCAUCGUGUUACAAUUGGUAAAGGAAAAAGGAUUGUGGCAUACAUUUAUUCAAGAACUAAUCUUAUUCAUUGGAUGAAGGAGUUUACCAAAGACAUUGAACUUAUAAGGCCUGUGGUAACUCGGUUUGCUACCUCUUACUUGACAUUGAGACGUCUUCAUGAGCAAAAAGGUGCAUUGUUCUCUCUAUUUACAUCAAACAAGUGGAGGAAUAGUAGAUUUGCGAAGUCUGAAAAGGGGAAAAAAAUUGAAAAUAUUGUUUUGGACAAUCGACAUUUUUGGAAGGGUGUUUCUACCUGCUUGAAGGCUGCAGUACCUCUCAUUAAGGUACUUAGGUUGGUGGAUUCGGAUGAGCAUCCGGCAAUGGGAUUCAUUUAUGAAGCAAUGGAUCGUGCGAAAGAGGAAAUUCAAAAGAAUUUCAAUAAUGUCCUAAGAUGCUAUGAUCCUAUAUGGGCCAUCAUUGAUAGAAGAUGGGAAACCAACUCCAUCACCCAUUGCAUGCUGCAGCAUACUUCUUGAACCCUCAGCUUCAUUAUAGUCCCAAUUUUCAAGCUGAUGCAGAGAUUAAAAUUGGGUUGUACAAAUGUCUUGAAAAAAUAGUCCCUGACACUAAUGAGAGGGUGAAGAUAGAUUUGCAAAUUGAUGCAUUCAAGAAUGCAAGAGGACUCUUUGGUAUACAAAAUGCAAUCUUGACUAGAAAAAAGAAAUCUCCAGGGGAUUGGUGGGACUCUUUUGGUGAUGAAUGUCCCGAGUUGAAGAGGUUUGCAAUCAGGGUAUUAAGUCUAACAUGCAGUUCAUCGGGGUGUGAGCGCAAUUGGAGUGCUUUUGAGAUGGUACACUCAAAGCGGAGGAAUCGUUUACACCAAAAGAGAAUGAAUGACUUGGUCUUUGUGAUGUACAAUUUGAAACUGAGACAAAGGCACAAGAAUAGACAAUCAAUCAUGAAUCCAUUAUGUUUGGAUGAUGUUCCAUCAGACGAUGAGUGGAUAACAGAGAAAGAGAAUCCGACUCUUCCAAGAGAAGGAAAUUGGUUGCAUGUGCUUGAUAGGAAUGCUUGACAUGGAUGUCAUU